AUGGCGUGUCCGGCACCCAUCCACCUGCUCCGCUUCCCGCAGUGGCAAGGCAGCGAUGCGCACGCACACCUCGCCGGCGGCCGAGCCGCGGCUGCGAUCGUCGAGAGCGUGCUCCAGCCCUCGAGCGUCUCUGCCGUGCCAAUCUUUGAGGCGGAAAACAGCUGCGAUCCAGGCGUCGAUGCGAAAGGGCAGUCGCAGUGUGUCCGCCACUUGGAGGCCAUCACGCGCCAGGCGCGGGUGGCACGCGCUCAGCUCGACGAGCUGCCGCCGUCCGCACGCGUCUUCACGUGCGGCGGCGACUGCGGCGUCGAGGUGGUGCCCGUGGCGAGGGCCAGCCGGUUGUGGCCAGGCCUCGCUGUCGUGUGGUUCGACGCGCACGCGGACCUCAACACUCCCGCUUCCUCUCCGAGCGGCCACUUCCACGGCAUGCCGGUCCGCACGCUGCUCGGCGACGGCCCGCCAGAGCUGCUGCAGCUGCUGCCGUCGCGGCUGGAGCCGUCCCAGCUCAUCUAUGUCGGCGCGCGCUCGCUCGACCCUCCAGAGCAGGACUACGUGGACUCGCACGCCGUGACGCUCCUCUCCGCUGAGCCGGCCAGCUCCCUCCCGGACAGGCUCUCCGCCGCCCUCCGCAAGGGCCGCUUCGGCGCAGCGUACGUGCACGUGGACCUGGACGUCCUCGACCCGUCCUCCUUCCCGCACGCGGUCGCUCGCGCACUGGCGGAGCUGUUGCUGCCGCGGCCAGAUCCGCCCCCACCGGCUCCCAUGUCGCUGUCGCCGCCCGCCUGGCCGGCGCACUACCGGCCCAUCGCGCACGAGCCCUUUGGCGACGGCGGCCAAGCCACGCUCGACACGCUGGCGCGGUACGUCGAGGCGGAUCAGCCAGUCGUCCUCACCGGCGCAGACAUCGUCGACGUGGAGCGCUGGUCGGACAACGCAAAGGUGGAGGCGCUGCUCGGCGACAAGGCGGAGGCGUCGCUCUCGUUUGGCGAGUUCCUGGCCGAGGCGGAGAGGCUCGCGGCCGGCGACUCGGCCGAGCGGCUCUACCUGCAGGAGACGAUGAGCGGCCACCCCGAGCUGGCGGAGGAGUUUCGGAGCUGGAACUGGCCCUUUUUGCUGCAAAACUCGAACCGCCACCGAUGGGGGCUGCCCGACUCGAACGAGCUUUUCAUCGGCAUGCAGGGCGCCGAGACGGACGCGCACUACGACGAGCGGCACAACCUCUUCUUCCAGGCGACAGACACCUAG